UGGUCGUUGGUCGUCGUACUGUGAGUUCAUUAGUUCUUAGUUCUGUGUUCGGACGCUGCUAUGGUAAUUUCUUGUAACUUUUGAGCAUUCAUAGUAAAAGUUUGAAGCUGUAGAAAUAGAUAGAUAAAACGUACCAACAUGAAUGACCAUUCACCUCACGCUAGGCGGGAAGAGUCUCCUAGAAAUCACAAGGGAAAAAGUUAUUCAAGAAGUCCAAGUCGUGGAAGAAAGUCUUAUAGAGAUGGUGAUCGUGACAGAGGUAGACGGGAAGAUAGAGAUAGAAAGUACAGGUCUCGUAGCCGUUCUCGAUCAGACAAACGCUACAGAUCUUCAAAAUAUUCCAGAAGCCGUUCACGUUCGGGAGGCUACAGAGGCAGAUCCCAUUCUCAUAGUCCCAUGUCAAGUCGCAAACGUCAUCUAGGCACCAGGGACAACCCGAAGGCUUCCAGAUGUUUGGGUGUUUUUGGACUGAGCGUUUAUACCACGGAGGAUGAACUGUAUCACUUGAUGUCGAAAUAUGGACCUGUUGAAAGAGUUCAAGUUGUUAUCGAUGCAAAGACGGGUCGUUCAAGGGGUUUUUCCUUUGUGUACUUUGAGAGUUCUGAGGAUGCUAAAGUUGCAAAGGAACAAUGUUCAGGCAUGAAGAUUAACGGAAAAAGUAUCAGAGUAGAUUUCUCUAUAACUGAAAGAGCUCAUACCCCAACUCCUGGAAUUUACAUGGGAAAACCUACUUAUAAAUAUUCUGAGAGACGCAGAGAUAGAGAUGAUUACUAUGGUGGCAGUCGAUCCCGCUACAGAGACCGCCGUUCACCAUCGCCAUAUUAUAGUAGCAGUAGAAGGAGACGCUAUUCCAGAUCGAGAAGUUAUUCUCCACGGUUAUCAAGAGGUAGUGGAUGAAAUUGAAGUUUCUUAAAGAAAUUGAGAUAUUCACACAAGUAUAAAACCCCGAUCAAACCGUGAAGCUUUAUUCAUCAAUGAUUCACGAACGAAAAAAGAAAAUCAUGAAGAUCAUCAAGAGAAUUGAGAAAAUUUUUGCAACUCUCUUGAAGACCACAAAAUGUUUUUGUCUGUAGAAGUCGGCUACAAUCGACAUCUUGAAAAGCACUGAAAAAUCAAGAGGCCAUUCAAGACUACGCAUCAGUCAAGUCUCGAAAGUGAUGGGGGUUCAAUCCCGUAAGAAAUAAUUUGAAAGUUGAAUGAUAAAUUUUAGGUAUCUUCCACAGAUAAGCUUUAUCAAGCGGUUGAUUAUAGAAACAUCUCAUGAAUCGAAGAUUUUAGGUGAGUCUAUCUUAUGCCAUGUGAGUAAGAUAUGUAUGGUUUAUAAAACAUGUUGUUUAAA